UUCGAACCGCACCGGUACGACAUUUUGGGCAACAGUUCCACUCCACGCGGCCGUGCGUUGUUAUCACUCUGCAGCGUUGUAUGUGUGUGCGUAAACGCGAGUGUGCGUACGCGUAAGUGUGUUCGUUUUGUCCCAUUUCCCCCCCGCCCCGAGUGGUCACUGCCCAGAGGCUGCACAGGAUCGCCACCGCCGUUGGCCACCCCCCACCAUCAAUCAAACUCCCGGCACCACCACCACCAGCAGUAGCAGCAUUAGGAUGAAGCAGUUUGUCGCGCUUGGAGCUAUCGUUGGGCUGGCGCUAAUCAGCCAGGUAUCGGCCGCAGCGGCCCCAUCGUGCCCGGAACCGUACGGAGAGCAGGCGUAUCUACACCCGGACCACUGCGAUCAGUUCUUCCUCUGUACCAACGGUACGCUGACGCUUGAAACGUGCGAGAAUGGGCUGCUGUUCGAUGGCAAGGGGGCCGUGCACAACCACUGCAACUACAACUGGGCGGUCGACUGCGGGCCGAGGAAGUUCGCCACCGACCAGACGCCCCUGUCGUCGCCGGGCUGCGAGUACCUGUUCGGCAUCUAUCCCGACGCAAACGAGUGCUCAACGAGCUACCACAAGUGCGCGUUCGGUGAGGUACACCAGGAGCUGUGCGAUGCCGGGCUGGUGUACGAUCAUCGCAUCCACGGAUGCAACUGGCCCGACCAGCUGCUCGACCAGUGCAACCCGGAGGCAGUGGUUGGUUUCAAGUGUCCGCAGUCGGCGCCGGCCGGUUCGGCCGCGGCCCGCUUCUGGCCGUUCCCCCGCUACCCGGUGCCGAACGAUUGCCACCGGCUGAUCACCUGCGUCGAUGGGCACCCGCGCCUGAUUACGUGCGGCGAGGGCAAGGUGUUCAACGAGGAGUCGCUCACCUGCGAAAACCCGGAAGACGCUCCGUAUGCCUGCCGACACUGAAGAGUGCUGCAGUGCACUCUUCAUAAAAUCCCGCACCAUAAACACACACACCAAACCCUGCCUAACCCCUUCCAGAAAAGGUCGUACUGCCCAGCAACUGGUUUAUACUCAGUGAUCGCGCCGCGCACAUCGUCAGCGACGCCCCGCGCACCUUUUGUUAUGUUGGCUGGCUGUUAUCGGAUCCACCACUACAAGCUCGUUUGUUUUUGUUUUGUUUUCUUUCUGAUUGGCUUCCACCCGGUUUCUCCCAGAGCAGCCUUAACUUUCUGUAUCUACUCAUGUUACUUUGAAUGUUUCACGCGACGAACGCGACGUCCCGACCAUUUGUUCCUCUUCCCCUUUACCGCUGAUGAUUCUCUGUUUCUCUAUUUUCCGAUCUAACUCGACGUUCGGCUUACCUGGCCACACCACCGGUUUUAGUGUUGUUUUAGUUCAAUGCUGACUCGCGCUCAAUAAAGAAUAAAGAAAGGAUAUCGCAACCAUCAGAGGCAGCAAAGUUUAUCCUCCAUACCUCGA